GUGCCUUUGUUGCUAUAAAAUGGAAGAAGACAAGUAAGGAAAGGAUGAAGAGGCCUCUGGGUCCAACCCCUUGGCUGAUCAGUGGAAACUUGCUGGAGCUUGGAAAAGAUCCUCAUAUAAUACUAAAAAAAUUAAGAGAGAAGUGAGACAUGUUUUAAACAGAGCUGGGAUCCCUGCCAGUGGUAGUUCUGCAUGGCAUUGACACAUUUAAGCAGGCUUUAGAAAUACAAGGAGAAAGUUCUAUUGAGGUGAACAUGAAUGCCUCAUUAUUUCAUUUGCUGCUCAGUGCUAUCGAAGACCCUGUACUAGAUGGAUAUUUUACUCCCAGAGAUACCUGUGUUUUCAUCAAUGAUUCAACCAUGGAUGUAAAAUGGACGAACCCAGGCCUAUUGAACCCUGGAAGAUUUGUCCAUGACAACUGCCCAAUAAACAAGGACAUAACUGAAAAAGUAAUGAUCUUUGGACUUGGCAAAAGAAGAUGCUUGGGAUACAGCUUUGCUCAUGUUCAAAUCUUCAUCUUAAUAAUGUUGCUACAUUGA